AUGGAGACUCCCACACAAAGCUUCUCUGACCUGGCUACUAUAGUCUCUAACCUCUCCAAGACCACUCAUAGUUUUAUGGCAGAAACUAGGUCUUUCAUCAUAAACUUGGAGAUUCAGGUAGGUCAGCUGAGUAAGAAGAUCCCAGAGAUCCCCUCUAACACUCUUCCAAGCAACACUAUGGUGAAUCCAAAUGAAGAGUGCACGGCCCUCACUAUGGAAGCUGAGGCUGAACCCAAGGAGGAGCCUGCUACUGAGGAACUGACGGAGAUCAAGGCUCAGGUGGAGACUGAGAGUGUCCCCAUACAUGACUUUAUGAAGAUGGAGGAGCCUAAAGAACAAUCUUCUCCAGAUGUGCAAGAGGAACCUAAGGAGGAAAAACUUGCUCGAUUCUUGGCAAUCCUUAGAAAGCUGCAACCCAAUAUCUCUUUUGCAGAGGCAUUGGAGAAGGAACCUCCUUGUAUGGCCUGUUUGAACAAUACUAUCUCUGAGAAGACAGCCCUGAAGGGAGAUGAGAUGGUGAUACUAACCAAGGAAUACAGUGCCUUGGUCCAGAAGAAGCUGCCUCCGAAGAUGCCAGAUCCCGAAAACUUUCUGAUUCCCUAUACUAUAGGGACCAUCACCUUUGAGAGAGCAUUGUACGACUUUGGCUCUAGCAUCAACCUUAUGCCUCUUUCUGUAAUGAAGAAGCUAGGGAUCCAAGAGAUGCAGCACACUAGAAUCUCACUGGAGAUGGCAAAUAUGUCCCUGAAACAGGAAUAUGGCGUGGUGGAAAACGUUCUUGUAAAGGUUGAAAACCUUUACCUCCCUGCGGACUUCGUGAUAUUAGACACUGGGGAGGAUAGAGAUGACCCCAUCAUACUUGGAAGGCCUUUCCUAGCUACUAGGAAGGCCUUGAUUGAUGUGGAAAAAGGAGAGCUAGUCCUGAGGUUGAAUGAAGAUCACAUCCUGUUCAAGAUCCCCAACUCUAACUCUCUAUCAGACAAAGGAGGUACUACUGUGCAAUACUUAGUGUUCCAACCUUCUCUCUCAGUAGAGAGCAUUACAGAGUCCCCUAACAUAACCUAA